GGGGGAAAAAAUGUAAAUAAUUUCUCUAUUUGUUUUACAAUCUGGCGUAAUAAAAAAGUUAAACUACAAAUAUGUAUAAAAUUUAUUCAAAAUCAAACAUUUAUUCUUAUACAAGGCAAUAUGUUGCUAAUACAUUUUAUGGUGGCGAAGUCAAGGCUUUGGACAAAACUUUACAUGUUUCUCAAGUAUUCAAAUACCCACAAGUUGUACUAAAAUUACCGACGAAUGUGGUCGAUAUUAAUGCAGCCGAAAUGGCUAGAUUUUCACCACUGAGAGCGAGAGAUCUUGCCGGGCCCGUUAUAAGUUCUUACUACGAAAAACAAAUCGAAGAUUAUCAUAAGAUUGACAUUACUGUGCAAGUAGAUCCUCAUAUGAAUAAAUAUGACUGUCGUGGUGCAGUCUGUCUGUCUUCGUCUAUGCAAAGUAAUGUUCCAAGUCCUUUUAGUGGGAAUCAUACUCACUUGAAUAUGCCAGGGUCGCAGUGGGGCCAGGGAUACAAAUAUUUGUCAGACCAUCUACACAGUGCACACUAUUUGACACUCAGAAAUGAAUAUAGAAAUACACAACAUAAUUUGGCUGUUACAAUUGGAAGGAGGACUAUGAGUACAGAUGGCAAACCUCCAUUGAGUAAAAAUGAAAAUGUACAAAUGAGCUCAAAAGAAAAAUUGAAGAAAGCUAUUAAAGACUAUGGUUCCACAGUGAUUGUAUUUCAUGUGGCUAUUUCAUUAAUGUCUUUAGGGGGAUGUUAUCUCCUGAUAUCUAGUGGCGUCGACCUAGUGGAGAUGUUAAAACAUUUUAAGAUUGGUGAAGGUACCCUGACCAAAGUGGCAGCAUCAAAUGCUGGAACAUUUGUUAUAGCUUAUGCAGUCCAUAAAUGUUUUGCACCCAUUCGGAUGGCGAUAACUCUAACAGCUACUCCAUUUAUUAUUGACCCUACUGAUUUCAUGGAAACAUCUCCCACUUUGCUACAACUUGAGUUUCCAGAAUCUGAGCAAAUAGAUCAGCAAAUAUUACAAACUCUCUCGUCAGUUGGACUUACUGACGAGACAGUUUGUAAUAUUUGUUGA